AUGGCUGGCGUGGUGCUCCAGCGCGACCGCUUCGUGUGCUGCCUCGAGUCGCAUGGCCACCAUGCCCGCGCCGAGGCGAAGGCCGCUGCCACUCUCAACGCCCUCUGCUGCGCGCUCUCGCCGGCGGCAUUUGCAAAGCCUUGUCGUGGCGCUGCAAGUGUUGCCCCCCUCCUCCCCAAGGGCAAGGUGAAGGAAGGUGCAUGUGUGGUUCUUCAGCAGCUCGCAGCGAGGAUUGCUGUGUCCAACCUGCAGAAGUAUGCCAAGAAGUUCUCGGAGAUGAUUAAGGACAUGUCCCCGCACUACAACGAGAGAUCUGAGCUGUUUGGAAGUUAG